UCGAAAUUGCAUCCUUAAUAGCAGGCGAUUUUUGUUUUGUUUGGGAUUAAAUUUUGUUAUUUUGCAUUUUGGCGCAACGAAUGAACUGAAGGAUGGUCUAUAUACAUUUUCCAUCAAAUUUAACAGAAGAGGAGCACAUGCUUCAAGCAAAAUAUCAGAAGUUGAAGAAAAAGAAAAAAGCACUGCAGGCCUUGAAAGCACCUAAACCCGAGCCGGAGAAACCUCUCACAUUAAAGCGACCCACUGAUGCACGUGAUGCUCGUGAAGUUGCCCGAAAAUUAAUUAAAAGUGGCGCCAUUCCUGCUAUUCAAAAGCAACAAACAAAACAGGAUCAGACAUCGUUUAAGCGCCCAAAAGGCCAGGAACGAGCGAAACGAGCUCCAGAAGCAAGUGUCGCAGCCUAUCAACCAUUUUCUUCAACACAAAAUGAUGUCGCACAGGAGACUAUCAUUAGCGAAAUAAUAAAAGAAGAGCCCCGAAUACAAAAUCUUUAUCAGCACUUUGCCACAGAACGCGAUCGCGAAGAGCGCGGUCUGAAUGAUAAAAGUUCUUUGGACUCAACGCAGCCCGAGAAACCCCGCGCAGGUAAUACUAUUUUCGUGUCAGGAAACAAGGUAACAGAGGAGUUCUUGAAAAAAACUUUCAACGAUUAUGGUACCAUUGUUAAUGUGUCCAUGGAAGUCGAGAAAUGUCGUGGAUUCGUGUCCUUUGCUAAACCAGAAUCCGCAGACCGUGCCAUCGCAGAAAUGCAUGGAAAGAAUGUGAACGGCAUCAAUUUGCAGGUACAGCUGGCUCGUCGCCAGCCACAAAUUGAGCCUAUUAAUGAUGCUACGUCAUCGGCAGCAUGGUCUUCUAUAGCGGCAAACAAGUCCCAGAAGGGCAGCCACAAGGAUCGACGUGAGAUGGUUCAAUAUGAUGACGACUUUUUACAAUAAACCGUUUUAACGCAAUUCUUUUUCGGCAAUAAAAUCAUUAUGAAAACUCAGAA